AUGGAGGAUCGAAAUCUUCGAAAUGAGCUACUGGAAUUUCGCGAGAAAUGGCGUAAUGAAAUAAAAAGAAAUCAAAAUAAUAUAGAUCUCACUCUGCAGACUUCCCCUCUAACAAGUCACGAUACUGUUAGGACAUCAAUUCGCAAUAACAUUAGUGGUUUGGAUAAUAAUCAAAAUCAGGAGUCUGUACUUCAAGUAGAGUUUGAUAGAGUUAAUCUUAAUGAUGAAACCGUUCAGGAGAAAGAAAUCGAACUACACAAGGCGAAAAUGCUAUACCAACAAGGAAUAGAAUCGGAACGAAAUGGCAACUGUGAUGCUGCUGUGCAUUACUAUCGAGAGGCCAUAAGAUUAAAGCCAGAUAUCGAAAAUUGUUUAGAAAUCGAAGAAUUCCCCGGAAACCAAGCUUGCAUGCUACUAGAUAUUACCUCGAAUGAUCUAAUCGGAAUCGGUAACAAUUUUAAUCAUAAUUUUCUGCAGUUAGUCGCGGAUUCUACAUUUGUGCCCGUGAUCCUAUCCUAUGGCGACUCGCCUGUUAUAAGUAAAGUCCUGUCGUUAACAUCAUCAGCGGAACCAACAACUAUUAUUCCGCAAUUUUAUCGACGUAAAGCAGCUGGAUCAUCUACGGCAUCACUUGGUUAUUACACGCUAACCAACGAUACGGUAUCAAUCGUCGUCAACUCUUCGCCAAAACGUCGUUCUAAAAUGGAUAAACCGCAGUCUCAGACAACUUUUACAAUGGAAUUUACCUUAUCGAAACCUCGCAAAAAAUUUAAUUGGUAUUUAUCAUGGUCUAAAUUUUCCUAUCAAAGCACAAAUCGAUUUUUAGGGCGUGUAGAUACUGGUAACUUCGAAAUCAAUAAAUCUUAUACACCGUUGUAUUUUUCAAGAGUUAAAAGUUAUAGUAUCGCUACGAAUUCCUUGCUGUCUUAG